AUGGCGGCCGAGGAGCUGGUUCAGGGGGAAGACCUCAGGGCCGAAUUGGCAGAACUGCAGGCCUACCUCGCUUCGUUGUGUCCCGCGGUCUUAGGCCUGGAGGGGGAGGGGGACCGUAGCGCGCAGGCUUUCCGCACGGCCUUGGAAGCACCAGAUGCGUGCGCGCUGCUCAGCACGUUUGCAUCGAACGUCCAGCCGUCGGCGCUGUUCGUCGAGCUGGAGGACGCCGCCGCCUCUGCCGCAGCCGCCGCAGCCGCCGCCGGCGGCGUAAGCGGGGCCGAGGGCGGGGGCCCCCGUGGGACAGUCGGAGGGGGGGUGGACGAGCGCACGCGCAGCGCCGCUGUGGGCGGGUUCUGGUUCGGGCUGGACACGCGACAUGUGGAGGAUGCGCCUGGGUUGGCGGUGAUCAAAAGGCAUCCCGGAGGGUUGGAACCGACGACGAGGCGCCCUCUCCAGGCGCAGCUUCAGUUAAUGUCCUUCCCGGGCAGCGACGCCCAGGCGGAAGCCUCAGGGCCGAAGGGCGGCGGCGGCGGCGGCGGGGGCGGCGGCGGCAAGGCGGAAGAGGGGAUGCCGCCGAGUGGGUCGGUCUUCUCGGUGCUUCAGGCCUACGCCACUCACGUCUUCGCGCCCACCGUCCGGGCGUACGCAGCUGCUAGGGGUGGGGAUGACAAACUGGACUCCGGGGUAUCGGUCCUUCAGCGACGAAUCACGGAACUAGAGCAAGCGCUAGACCGCUGCCAGAAAAGGUUGGAGAUUCCCACAGUGGCCCUCACGGCACACCCGGAGGUGGAAGCAGCUAGCAGCAAGGUCGGCAAGGGGGGACAGGUGGACCUGGACGCUGUGGGCCUGGGGAAGCGUGUUCAGGAAGACGCCUUCUUGAACCAAGUUCAGGCGGGAGUGCACGUGUGGGUCAAGGACAUCCAGAAGCUGACGAACCUCACGAAUCGUUCCUUUCCCGAGAGCGCUGCGGAGGAGAUUCACUUCUGGAGUUCCAUCGGAGAGGCCCUCGAGAUGACCAAUACGGAGCUCAGCUCUGCUAGGGUGGAGGUGACUCGUGCCGUGCUCAACCAGGGAAAGCGGUUCGUGGCGGUGAUGGCCUUAGACACAGACACUGGUUUGAGGGACGCGAUGGACGUAUCGGCGGACGCGAACGGCUUCCUCAGGACCUUCCCCCUUGAGCCACUUCUCUCGUGCCAGUCUCCCGCAGACGUGGCGUCCGCUCUGCCGCCCAUCUUCGGCCACUUCCAGCAGAAGCUCAAGCUCACCCCGCGCUACAAGCCCGGGCGAGCUGCCCAGCUGAUGGAGAGCGUCAAUCGCGCGUUUGCUCAGCAGCUAUCGCUUUGUCUCGGAGAUACGGGGGGAGACGUGGAUAAGCGGACGGGGCUCAUGUCCAUGGCGUACCCCGAGUUCGCCGCUUUCAUGGCCGACGUCGACCACGCCUUCACCACGUGGGACAAGGAGUACAAAGCCUUCGUGGCCUUCUUCGCGGAGCACUGCAAGCGCCGCAGCACCGCUAGGUCGGGCGUGCUCGGGAGCACUUCCGGGGCCUCCCUCCUGGAGGCGCUGCGCUGGGAGCACCCCCCGCUCAAGCAGAGGCUGGGGGAGGUGUCCGGGUUCCGGAAGCAGCACGAGAACCUGCGCGGCGUUCUUCAGACCGUUCUCAGCGACGACGAUCGUUCGGCCGUGUCGGAGGUAGACGAAGCCUACGCCCGUCUGCCGGGAUCAGACGUGCUCGACCUUGGGGCGGAGGGUGCCAGGAGAUGGGCGGAGGCGAGGGAGGCCUACGACAGGAGGGUGGACGGGCUGGAGGCGAGGGUGUCGGCUCUGCUGGAGGGAAGGCUUAGGGCAGCCAGGACGGCCGAGGAGAUGUUCCGCGUUUUUGCUAAGUUUAACCCACUCUUCGUGCGGCCAAGGAUUCGGGCGUCCAUCGCCCAGUUCCAGCAGGAACUGAUCGGGCACGUGAGGGAAGCGGUGUCAGCGAUUCAGGAUAAGUUCAGGCACCGAUACGAGGUUUCCGAGGCGAAGGCGUUGGCGUCCCUGAGGGACAUCCCCCCCGUAGCCGGGAAGAUCCUGUGGGCGAGGCAGAUGGAGAGGCAGCUGCGGCUGUUGAGCACGCGGCUGUCGGACGUCCUCGGGGAGGGGUGGGAGAACCACGUAGACGGGCGUCCUCUCAAGGCUGUCUGCGACGAGCUGCUCAGGAACCUCGACACUCAGAGGGUGUACCGCCAGUGGAUUGACGAGUGGUCGUCUCACAGCGAAGAGGUCGUGCACGAUCGCCUUCUCCUCAAGGUGGUGCAAGACAGGAAGGGGCACCCAACCCUCGCCAUCAACUUCGACGACAAGACUACUCAGCUCUUCAAGGAGGUGCGCCACCUCCAGUUCCUCGGACUUUUGGUGACUGAGGGGGACAGCGCGGGUGGUGGCGUGUCUAGGAUCCAGAGGAUGGCCGCCAAAGCGCAGGAGCGCUACCCUACCGCCGUCGCCUUAGGUGGCAUCCUCCGGACGUACUCCAAGACCAGGGUGAGCUUAACCCCGGAAACAGAGCGGCUUCUGGUGGCCCCCCUCAAGGUGGUGAUGGACCACAUCUCGGAGGCCUUCAAUCAGCCUCGCAAGGCCAGGUCCGGCACCGGGCGUGUGAGCACGGAGCGCAUGGAGUGGGGCAAGGAGAGCCUCGGGGGGUGGGUGGCAUCCCUCGCUGAGAAGGUGUUCACUCUCCAGGAGAAGGCUCAAGAUGUGUCGACGCUGGUGGUCACCGCUGCUGAGAGACUGACCGCUCUCGACAAGUGCCCCUUCGAGGCCAACAGCAUGGGGAGCGCGCUGGCAUCGCUACAGGAGGUGGUCGAUGACAUGUCUCUCGCGGGCUGCAGCAACCUCAACUCCUGGGUAAGGGGCCUGGACGAGAAGGUGGAAAGCGUGCUGGCGAAGAGGCUUGAGAAGGCGGUGAAUUUAUGGGUGCAAGCGUUCGCCUUCGACGCCUCCAGCGAGGACGAGGAUGGCGUUGAUGGUGAUCGAGACGGCUUUCUUUCGGAGGGGGACGGGGAUGCUUCUGAGCACGCGGCCGCUCUGCAGAUGGAGUGCACGGUCCACGAGGUUCUCCUCAAGAAUCAGGUGCUCUACCUCUCGCCUCCGCUGGAGCAUGCCCGCGCGGCCUGGAUCCACCAGUUCCACGCCUACCUUCACACCGUGGCGGGCCUCCCGAGGCUACGCAGCAAGAGCUUUGCGGUGCUUGGGGGGGGAGAGGGAAGCUCCGACUACCACAGGGUGGUGAAGGCGCUACCGCGAGACACGCUCAAGAGGGCCUACCAAGAGAUCGAAACCCGUCUUGCCGAGGUGGGCGACUACGUGUCGGCGUGGCUGCAGUACCAGAGCCUUUGGGACAUGCCGGUGUCGGCUGUGAGGACACGCCUUGGCAACGACGUGAGUCUGUGGUGCCAGAUGCUGACCGAGGCGAAGGCCGCGAGGGCGGUGGUGGAGAGCUCCAGCCGGGAGAAGGCAUUCGGCCCGGUCAUCGUGGACUACUCCAGCGUGCAGGCGAAGGUGAACCUGAAGUACGAUGCGUGGCAGAAGGAGCUUCAGGGAAGCUUUGCAACUAUCCUGGCGGAGGAAACCCGGCAGGCCCAGCAUGUGCUGUCCGAGGCGAAAACGCGUCUGGAAGGCUCUAUGCUCGAGGGCAGCACGGAUGACGUAGUCAAGGGAGUGACCUACAUCCAGGAGAUGAGGCAGCGGCAGAAGGCUCUCGGCAAGCAGACCGAGGCGCUGUGCCUGGGCGAGAGGCUGCUGGCGCGACAGAGGUACCCCUUCGGUGAGGGAUGGCCGCAGACCUCCAUGGUCGAGGCCGCCUACGCCGACUUCGAGACCAUCCUCGGGCGCAGAGGCCGGGCGAUGGAAGAGCGCAUUCCCCUGCUACGCGGGAAGGUGGGGUCCGAGGCGAAGGGCAUGGAGAAGAGGCUUAACGUCCUGUCCCAGGAGUGGGAGGCUGGGCGGCCACUGUCCAAGGACCACACACCUUCCGAGGCCCUGGAGACCCUCGGCCGUUUCGAGACCAUGACCGCCAAGCUAGAGUCCGAAAGUAAGCUCCUGUCGGCGGCCAGAGAUGCCCUGUCUCUCGAACCCAUAGAGCGGGACGUGCUGGGACCCAUGCAGGCCGAGAUCACCGACCUUCGGGAGGUGUGGGACGCCAUGUCGAAGGUGUGGGAGAGCAUCUCCGAGCUGGAGGAGACCCCGUGGUCUACCGCCGUUCCCAGGAAGAUCCGCAAGUCGCUCGAAGCCGUUCAGGAAGGGAUGCGCAACCUGCCAAACAGGGUCCGCCAGUACGAGCCGUUCGAGCAUGCACAGAUGACCUUGCGGGCGAGGUCCGAGUCUCUGCCGCUGCUGACCGAGCUCCGGUCUGAAGCUCUCAAGGACCGCCACUGGAGGCCUCUGCUCCGACGUCUCGGCAUCAGGGUGGGCUUCCAAGAGCUCAACCUCGGUCUCCUGUGGGGCUCCGCGCUGAUGGGGCACAAGAAAGGCAUCGGGGAGACGGUGCUGGCCGCGCAGGGCGAGAUGGCUCUCGAGGAGUUCCUGCGACAGGUACGGGAAGACUGGCAAGGGCGGGAGCUUGAGCUGGUGUCCUAUCAGGGACGCAUCCAGCUGGUGAAGGGCUGGGACGCCGUCUUCUCCCGGCUGGAGGAGCACCUCAACGGACUGCAGUCGAUGCGGGCAUCGCCGCACUUCCACGCUGUUCAGGAGUUCCAAGAAGAGGCGGCUUUGUGGGAAGAGCGCUUGACCAAACUGAACGCUGUGCUAGACGCGUGGGUGGACGUGCAGAGGAGGUGGCUGUACCUUGAAGGCAUUUUCUUUGCCUCAAGGGACAUCAAGCAGCAGCUUCCGUCAGAGUUCGCGAGGUUCAAGUCCGUGGACGCUGAGUUCGUGCAGCUCAUGAGAAGGGUGGCGCACAAGCCCAACAUCAUGGAGGUGCUAUCGAUGGAGAAUCUCCUGCGGCAGCUCGAGAGGCAAGAGGGUCUCAUGUCUCACAUCCAGAAGGCUCUAGGAGAGUACCUGGAGGGACAGAGACAGGCGUUCAGCCGUUUCUACUUCGUCGGCGACGAGGACCUGCUGGAGAUCGUGGGUAACGCCAACGAGCCCGCAAAAGUCGCCCAGCACCUGGGCAAGAUGUUCGCUUCCGUGGGAGCACUCAACAUGCCAACAGGUGGCGACGACGGAAAGGCGGGAAGCGCGCUGUCCAUGAUUUCAAAGGACGGCGAGGAGGUCGCGUUCAAGACGCCCGUAAACGUGGCCGACAACGGGGUAAAGGAGUGGCUCAAGGCCCUCGAGACCGAGAUGAGGAGCACGCUGGCCUUGCUCCUGAGGCAGGCGGUAGAGGCCACGGGAGACCUGUCCACGUCCAGGGAGGAUGCUAACACCUUCGUGGGACUGUGCAACCAGUUCCCGGCACAGAUCGUGGCCCUCGCGGCCCAAGUGUCCUGGUCGGGCGCCGUCCUGACGGCCCUCAAAGCCGCACAGGCAGGUUCGCCCGGAGGUCUCACGGCCUGCCUGGAGGGCCUUGCGUGGCGGCUCUUGGCCAUGUCGGAGAGCGUUUUGGGAGAGAGCCCGCCUGCUCUUCGGAAGAAGUACGAGCAGCUCAUCACGGAGUUGGUGCGGCAGAGGGACGCCACGAGGAGGCUCAAGGACGUCGAUACUGCCACGACCGAGUCGUUCGAGUGGCUGAGCCAGCUACGAUUCGACUUUGACCCGAAGGCGAGAGACCCUACGGAGGGCCUCACGGUCAGGAUGGCCGAUGCACGGUUUGAGUACGGCUUCGAGUACCUCGGAAUUGGAGAGCGGCUUGUCCAGACGCCUCUUACCGACAGGUGCUACCUUACCCUCACCCAGGCGCUACACCUCCGCAUGGGCGGCAACCCCUUCGGUCCGGCCGGUACGGGUAAGACGGAGUCGGUCAAGGCCCUGGGAGCACAGCUCGGACGGUUCGUUCUGGUGUUCAACUGCGACGAGUCGUUCGACUACUCUGCGAUGGGCAGGCUGUUCGCCGGACUGUGCCAGGUGGGCGCGUGGGGCUGUUUCGACGAGUUCAACCGCCUGGAGGAGCGCAUCCUCUCGGCUGUUUCCCAGCAGAUCCUCGCCAUUCAGAAGGGCUUGUUGGACCGCCAACCAAAGGUGGAGAUUCUCGGCCGCAGCGUGCGCCUGCACCCGGACGUGGGCAUCUUCGUCACCAUGAACCCUGGAUACGCCGGCAGAUCCAACUUGCCGGACAACCUGAAGCAGCUGUUCCGUGCUGUGGCCAUGGUAGUGCCCGACCGAAAGCUCAUCGCUCAGGUAAUGCUCUUCAGCCAGGGCAUUUCAACGGCGGAAGAGCUCGCGGGCCGCAUCGUCCUCCUCUUCCAGCUGUGCGAGGAACAGCUGUCCUCGCAGUCGCACUACGACUUCGGCCUCCGCGCUCUCAAGUCCGUCCUGGUGGGCGCCGGAGGGCUCAAGAGGAAGGCGUUACAGGAGGCGGCGGCGUCUGGCACCGGCAUCGGGAGGCUCACGGGAGAGGGGGAGCAGGCCGCCGGCGCAGGGCUGGGGGGUGACGCGGAAUUACUCGGCCCGGUCGAGAGGGAUGUGCUCAUCAGGUCGGCGUGCAACACGGUGGUACCGAAGCUCGUGGCACAGGACUACGCCCUGUUCGCCAGCCUCCUCAACGGAGUGUUCCCAGGAUGCCAGGUGUCGACGAUGACUGAGGAGGGUCUGCGUGAGAAGCUUGAGGUGGUGUGCACGGCGAGGCGCCUGCUAAUGGGAGAGGCUUGGGUGCAGAAGGUGCUGCAGCUCAAACAGGUGCUGGAACUCCGGCACGGCGUUAUGAUGGUCGGGCCUUCCGGUAGCGGCAAAACUAGCGCAUGGCGGUGCUUGCUCUCCGCGUUGGAAAUGCUGGACGGCGUCAAGGGCGAAGCACACGUCAUCGACCCCAAGGCCAUUGGCAACAAGGCGCUCUACGGCAACUUGGAUCCGACCACGCUCGAGUGGACAGACGGCAUCUUCACCAAGGUUCUUCGCGAGGUGCUGACAAACAAGCGCGGCGAGAAGGCUCGUCGGCACUGGAUCGUGUUCGACGGGGACGUAGACCCGGACUGGGCGGAGAACCUCAACAGCGUUCUCGAUGACAACAAGAUCCUUACCCUGCCAAGCGGGGAGAGGCUGGAGGUCCCGGACAACGUCCGCAUCAUGCUCGAAGUGGACAGCCUGCAGUAUGCGACGCUUGCCACGGUCUCUCGGUGCGGCAUGGUGUGGUUCUCGGCUUCCGAGCAGAAUGGGGUCGACUCCGACACCGCGCCCAACCCGGGCACUGUCACCAACGACAUGCUUUUGCGCCACAAGCUCAUGCGACUGCGGUCAGACCCGGUGUCGCUGCUGGAGGGGUCGUCGUCUACCGUCGGUGUGCCCGGCGGGGAGGCAGCUGGCGGAGGCCAGGGGCUGGCGCCGUCUACAGCUCAGCUGGACUUCGCCCAAGUGCUGGAGCCGCACUUCCACGCCGCGGGCCCGCUCGUCCCCGGCACGGACGGCGGGAGCUUCGACGAUGAUCGUCUCUUCCCCGUGGCCCUCGAGCUGGCGCUGUCGAGGCCGCAGGUCAUGUCCAGCACAAGGGAGCGUCUCGUUGAGAGCGCGUGCUCGCUGCUGGAAAGGGGCGUAGGGCUCGUCCUGGAGUACAACGAGGGCCACCCUGAUUUCCCGCUCCCCGCGGACGUUGUGAGCCGGUUUGCCAUCCGGUGGCUGCUGCACUCGCUCAUGUGGGGCCUUGGGGGCAGUAUGGACGCCAAGGGAAGGGCAGAACUUGGAGAGGUCUUGAUCCACCACUCGGGGUUGCCGCCGCCUGCCGAUGGUGCCGACCUCACUUCGCUCCAGGUCCGAGCGGAGGACGGCGAGUGGUUGGCGUGGUCGGAUUCGGUUCCGAAGACACAGCUCGAGCCACACCGCAUCGUCAGCUCGGAUGUCGUCAUUACCACCACGGACACCGUAAGGCAUGUGGAGGUGCUCAAGGCGUGGCUGGCUUCCCACAAGCCCCUCAUCCUCUGCGGACCACCCGGCUCGGGCAAGACGAUGACGCUCACGUCGACUCUGCAGGCCAUGCCGAACCUUGUCCUGGCUAGCCUCAACUUCUCGAGCUCUACCGACCCAAACCUGAUCCUGCAGGCGUUCCAGCAGCACUGCGAAUACGUGCGCACUCCCCGCGGGGUCGUUCUGCAGCCGAUGGCCUCUUUAGGCUUGGGCAAGUGGCUAGUCAUCUUCUGCGACGAAAUAAACUUGCCGUCACAGGACAAGUAUGGCACACAGCGGGUGGUGUCUUUCCUGCGGCAGCUGACGGAGCAGGGUGGGUUCUGGCGGGCGAGCGACAAGACCUGGGUCAAGCUGAACCGGGUCCAGUUUGUCGGAGCCUGCAACCCCCCUACGGACGCAGGUCGGCAAGUUUUGCCGCCUCGGUUCCUUCGGCAUGCCCCGCUCCUCUUUGUCGACUCCCCGGCUCGAGAAAGCCUUGAGCAAAUCUACGGGGCCUUCAACUCGGCGCUGCUCAAGCUGCACCCGCCGCUCAGGGGCAACCUAGACGGCCUGACGAACGCCAUGAUAGAGUUCUAUCACCUCAACCAGGCCAAAUUUACCGCCGAUCAGCACCCGCAGUACAUCUACUCUCCCAGAGAGCUGUCCCGAUGGGUGCGAGCCUUGUACGAGGCAAUGAAUCCCCUGGAUGCCAUGACUCUGGACGAGCUGGUGAGACUGUGGGCGAACGAGGCGCUGAGGUUGUUCCACGACAGGCUGGUCACGCAGGAGGAGCAGGACUGGUGCCAGGAGAAGGUCGACGAGGUUGCGAGGAAACACUUCCCUGGGGUCUACUCGGCUUUGGAGAGGCCUCUUCUCUACAGCUCAUGGCUGUCUAAGGACUACACGAGUGUCAAGCAAGAAGACCUGCGGCAGUUCUUGCUGGCCCGACUCCGCAUCUUCUACGAGGAAGAGCUCGACGUCCCUCUCGUCCUGUUCGAUGGGGUUCUCGAGCACGUGCUGCGUAUCGAUCGGGUGUUGCGCCAGCCGAUGGGUCACCUGCUGCUAGUUGGAGAAGCGGGUGCGGGGAAGACGGUGUUGAGCCGCUUCGUGAGCUGGAUGAACGGCCUCGCCAUCUUCCAGGUGAAAGCCAGCAACCGGUACACGCUAGAGCACUUCGACCAAGACCUCCGGUCGGUGAUGUGGCGUGUCGGCGUGCAGGGCGAGCAAGUGUGUUUCAUCUUCGACGAGAGCAACGUCCUGUCUCCGGCCUUCCUGGAAAGGAUGAACGCCCUCUUGGCCUCAGGGGAGGUGCCUGGGCUGUACGAGGGCAAGGAGUUGACGGCCCUCAUGGCGGGGUGCCGCGAGGCUGCCCAGAGGGACGGAGUGCUGGUAGACUCGGAGGAUGAGCUCUUCCGACGGUUUACCACGAAGGUACAACGAGGGCUCCACGUGGUUUUCACGAUGAAUCCAGCGAGCGACGGCUUUGCGGGGCGCUGUGCAACCUCCCCGGCCCUGUUCAACAGAUGCGUCGUCGAUUGGUUCGGCACGUGGCCCACCAAGGCUCUGGCGCAGGUUGGGUACGAGUUCACGUCUCACGUGGACACAGGCACGUCCGAGUGGGACAUCGACGAGGCGCACCCCCUAAUGGAGGCCUUGGACGGGCUGUUGGCAGCGGGCGGAGAGAUGCCCAGGCGUGCGCUCGUGGCUGCUCUCGUUGGCGUGCACGGGAGCGUGAAGGAAGAGUCUGCGAACCCUCCUAUGCACUCUUCGGCGGUGCGGCACUACGUCUCCCCCAGAGAUUUCCUUGGUCUCAUCCGUGCCUUCGUGUCCCUCGUCAAUGAGAAACGGGCAGAGCUUGAGGACCAGCAGCUGCACAUCAACCUGGGGCUGAACAAGCUGAGGGAGACGCAGGCCGGUGUGGAGGACAUGCAAAAGGGGCUGGCUGAGAAGGAGAGGCGCCUCCGGGAGAAGGACGAGCUGGCUAACGCCAAGCUGCAGCAGAUGGUGUCCGGACAAAACGAGGCUGAGAGGCGCAAGGGCGAAGCGGAGAUCCUCAGCAAGGACUUGCAGCAGCAGAACGACCGCAUCGCGCAGAGGCGUCACCAGGCGGAGACGGAGCUCUCAGAGGCCGAGCCAGCCCUGCUAUCUGCCCAGAGCAGUGUGCGUAGCAUCAAGAAGCCACAGCUGGACGAGAUUCGCACGCUGACACGUCCCCCACCUGCAGUGCAAACGGUUCUCACGGCCGUGGCCAUCAUGCUGGGACAUCAGGAACCGACCUGGUCCGAAGUACGCCGGGUGAUCAGCAAGGCAGAUUUCAUUGCCACCGUGGUUAACUUCGACACGGACUCGUUGACGAACCCGGUGAUCAAGACGGUGGAAGACGUCUUCAAGGCUGCCGGCGACCUCACCGCUGACUCCGUCACCAGGGCCUCCAAGGCCUGCGGGCCGCUCUACAACUGGGUGAACUCUCAAAUAAACUUCAGCCGCAUCGCCAUCAUGGUGCAGCCUCUCAAGGACGAGAUCGUGGCCCUACAGCUGGAGAGCGACAAGGCUACGCAGCAGAUGAGCGUCAUCGAGACCCAGAUAGACGAGCUCCAGGAAAGCAUCGCCAGGUACAAGGAGGAGUACGCGGAGGCCAUCAGGGAGAUUGAGGCGGUCAAGUCUGAGAUGGAAGCCGUCAAGCAGAAGGUUACCCGGGCGGAAGCUCUCCUGAGGAACCUGGAGCAGGAGCGCGACCGCUGGAGCCUGUCGUCCGAGAGCUUCACCAAGCAGCUGGAGUCCCUCAUCGGCGACGGUCUCCUCGCCGCGGCGUUCGUCACAUACGUCGGAGUGUUUGACUACCGCACCAGAAAGUCUCUUCUUGCGGAGUGGCGUAUGAUCCUCACCGACAUCGGGGUACCUUUCCGCCAAGAGCUGUCGCUAAGGCAGUACCUCAGCACGGCCAAACAAAGGCUGGAGUGGCAGGGAAUGGGACUGCCUGCGGACGACCUGUGUCUGGAGAACGCUGUGGUGCUGGAGAGGUUCAGCCACAGAUUCCCUCUUGUGGUCGACCCCGCCGGUCAGGCCACCCGCUUCCUCCUGAACAAGUACAAGGAGCGGAAGAUUGCCACCACCUCCUUCCUGGACGCGUCCUUCAUGAAGACGCUUGCGAGCGCCAUCCGUUUCGGCACUCCCUUGCUCGUCCAGGACGUGGAGACAGUCGACCCGGUGCUCAACCCGCUCCUCAACCGCGAGCUGCAGCGGACCGGUGGCCGUACGCUCAUCCGCCUGGGCGCCGAGGACAUUGACUACAGCCCCGACUUCCUGCUGCUGCUGGUCACGAGGAACCCGGGGGCGCGGUUCGCGCCUGACCUGUGCUCCAGGGUGACGAUUGUCAACUUCACCGUCACUCCUGCGAGCCUGCAGAGUCAGGCGCUCGGGUCCCUGUUGAGGUCGGAACGGCCCGACGUGGAGCAGCGGAGAACUCAGAUGUUGCAGCUUCAGGGCGAGCAGAGCGUUAAGCUCCGUCAGCUGGAGGAGCGUCUUUUGGACACGAUCAGCGCAGUGGAGGGUACGAUCCUUGACGACGACACGGUAGUCAAGGCCCUCGAAGACCUCAAGGGCGAGGCGGGAGACGUUGCCAAGGAGGUGGAGCACACCCGCGAUGUGAUGUCAGAGGUGGAGGCUGUCUCGAACCAGUACGAGGCCUUGGCCGUGUCGUGCAGCCAGCUGUACUUCGCACUCGAGACGCUGAGGGACGUUCACUUCCUUUAUCACUUCUCGCUGAGGUUCUUCCAAGACAUUCUGGCCCAGGUCCUUGCCAGCUCCAAGCAGAGUGCCAAAGCAAUGGUGGCAUCGUCCAGCGGGAACGUAGACGCCACGGCCAGGCUCGCCAUCCUCAAGGCCCGGCUUUUCCGUGCCGUAUGCAAGAGGGUCUGCAAGGGCCUUCUCAACAAGGACCGCCUGCUCUUCGCUCUCAGGCUCGCCCAGCUGUACGUUGAAGACGACGUCGAAAAGUCGCCGACACAGGGGGAGCUAGAGGCGCUGCUCAGGGCCGCUGGGGUUGGGGCUGGUGCUUCGACAACUCGCACAGGCGAGGUGCCAUCGAUCCCCGGACGCGAGCUCUCAGAGCGGCAGUCACGCGACAUCGGGGCUCUCUCGUCCCUCCCAUCGCUCAAGCCGCUUCCCGAACACCUCUCUGCCAACCCGGAAGAGUGGUACCGAGUGCUCGACGAAAACGACGCCGAGAAGUUCCUGCCGACGAGAGGCUGGACGGCCGAAGGGGUCUCCCGAGAGAGGCAGGCGUUCUUGGCACUCGCGGUUGUGCACGCGCUCCGACCGGACCGCACCAUGGCGGCCGCAGAAGAUCUGGUGGAGAGUGUGUUUUCGGCACCGGACGAGGGCGCGGAAGGCGGAGGAGACCAGGGGGAGACCGGCUUGCCGUGGAACGACGCGCUUGAUUUGGAGGCGUCUGUGAGGGAGGGGCCUGGCCCUGAAGCCCCGGUGCUGCUUUGCUCGGAGGCGGGCCACGACGCCAGCUGGAAGGUGGAUGCGCUUUCGGGCUCCAUGUCUCGGCCCAUGCAGUCGGUGUCCAUGGGGUCCUCGGAAGGGUUCGACAUGGCCGAAAGGGCUUUACACCUGGCCUCCAAGCAAGGGUCAUGGGUGCUGCUGAGAAACACCCACUUGUGCCCGGAGUGGCUGGGAGGGUUGGAGAAGAAGCUCAGGGGUCUGGCCUUACACCCGUCCUUCAGACUCUUCCUAACAUCGGAGGUGCACCCACGCUUACCGCCUAGCCUGCUCAGAGCUAGCGAGGUUCUGGUGGUAGAGGCGCCGUCAGGCGUGAGAGCUAACGUCCUUCGUUUCCUGAGGGAAGUCCCCAAAGAGCGCAUUGCCAAGCGUCCAGUGGAGCGGAGCAGGCUGUACGUGCUUCUAGCAUGGCUGCAGGCGGUUGUGCAAGAGCGACUGCGAUAUGUGCCCCUUGGUUGGAGCAAGCGGUACGAGUUCAGCGAGGCGGACGCGACCUGCGCUCUUCAGGCAAUCGACAGCUGGGUCGACGGGGCCGCGCACGGUGCGCAGCACAUCAGCCCGGAAAAGGUGCCGUGGGAAGCUCUGCGUGCUCUGCUGGGCCAGAGCGUAUAUGGCGGGCGCGUCGACAGCGUGUUCGACCAGCAGCUGCUAGAAGGCUUUGUGGCUUCCCUUUUUCAGCCCAAGUGCUUCGACCUCAACUUCCCGUUGUGCAGCGCGCACGACAGUGACACAGCGCAAGCGUCGGCGUUGGUGUCGCUGCCCGACGCGACUAGCCCGGAUGCCUUCAUCAAGUGGGCCAGCAGCCUGCCCGCCAGCAACCCUCCCACGUGGUUGGGGCUUGCUCCUAACGCGGAGGCGGCACUGUUGGCUACCAGGGGCGAACAGCUCCUCUCGACUUGGCAGUUGAUUCAGGACGACGGCAGUUGGGCGGAGGCAGCUGCGGUGGCGUUGACGACGGGAGAUGAGGUGGGCACCGGUGGCAAAGAAGCGAGGCUGGAGCAGCUGCUGCAGCGGACCCAGAGCUGGUUGUCGAGUUUGCCGACAACCAUUGACAAGGAAAGAUCGGCUGGCGGUGCCAAAGCCCAGGAUGAUUCCGAGGAAGGUGAUGCGUUGCACCGCUGCCUGUGCCGCGAGGUGUCGACGGCGUCGGCGCUGUUGUGCAGGGUCCGCGGAGAUCUGGUGUCGGUGGAGAAGCUGUGCCGGGGCGAGAUCAAGGCGACUAACGAGGUGCGCGCGCUCGUGGGCGCGUUGGCGAAGGACGUUGUCCCGGCAACCUGGAAGGCUGGUCUCGUGCAGGCUGACAUGGGUGUCGCCGGGUGGGUGGACGAUCUCGCCAAGCGCCUCGACCACCUCGCCAGCGUCUCCAAGGCCGGGCCCAAGACUGGUCCCAGCGCCACGCCGUACUGGCUGGGGGGACUGUUCAGCCCGGAUGCGUUCGUGACGGCCAGCCGGCAGCAUGUGGCGGGGGCGCUUUCGUGCUCUCUGGAUGAGCUGGCGCUGUCCCUUGUGGUGGGCCCUCAAGAGGAGACAAGCGCUGACGAAGGCUCGUCAAUGGCGUUCCCGAUCAUCGGACUCGUGCUGGAAGGGGCCGGCUGGAGCGAAACGACCAAGACUCUAGCCUUCUCCAAGGACCACCGCAAGGCCCUGGCCCUUUGCCGCCUUUGCUGGACUCGACGCCCUGAUGGUGCAGCAGAGGGCCCUGGAGGGGACGAGUCCUUGCCUGGGGUGGCGGUACCGGUGUACUUGCACGCCCGGCGCAGUGACCUCAUCGUGACGGUGGAGCUCCCCGUGCCGGAGGAUGUGCCCCCCCUCGUGUGGCGACAAAGAGGAGUGGCGCUCCUGGCGUGGGGUCCUCCCGUAUAGCUCUGUGACUGGCAGAAGUAGUAGGUGUAAUACGAGGUUGUACGCCCUUGUAGCACCAAAGGACGGCGUAGCAUUGAGUCCACGUUUUUCAAGUGGAUCAAGACCAUGUGGGGUUUUGGGUGUUUCUUGUGCCGUCCGGAAAAUUAAAUUCACCUCU